AUGGGAAUGUUUAAUAUAAAUUAUUAUCAAGAUUUUAAUAUAUAUUUUCAUUCAUAUUUACCAUUUAAAUCAAAAUUAUAUCUUGCUACACCUUAUUUUAAUGUGAUAAAAGAAUAUGAACAAGAAUUAAUUGAUUAUAAACGAAAUGAUACAACAAUUAGUUUCUUAACAGCAUCGCCACAAGCUAAUCAAUUUUAUGGGAGUCGUUCUGUAUCCGCAGAUAAUGAAGAAUUACGUACAAAAUUUCAUCAGGAACGUAUUCGACCUUUUCAAUAUGGUACAUCUGUUAUAUCUAAUACAUUCAAACAAUUAUCACGUGUUGUACCGUUCUGA